AUGGGUGCCAGUGGAUCCUGUUCUGCCGAUGAUCUGAAUACGACUGAAAUUCACUACUGGUACAACAAAUUCAUGAAGGAGUGCCCAAGUGGACAGCUGUGUUUACAUGAAUUCAAGGCAAUUCUAGGUCUCCAGGGAAUGAACGAAGAAGCGACCAGUUAUGUCAAUCAAUUGUUCAUCACUUUCGACAUGAACAAGGAUGGAUUUAUCGACUUUUUGGAAUACGUUGCUGCAAUAAGCCUGGUUCUCCGAGGAAAGCUUGAUCAGAAGCUGAAAUGGUAUUUUAAACUGUAUGAUGCUGAUGGGAAUGGCCGGAUUGACAAAGAGGAGCUGUUGAGCAUAAUUAAGGCUGUACGUGCCAUCAAUAGGGCCAACUAUGAUAUUAGUCCAGAAGAUUUCACCGAAAUGCUGUUCAGAAGAAUAGAUAUAAAUGGAGACGGUGAACUAACUCUGGAAGAAUUUAUGAACGGAGUCGAAAAUGAUGAGGAACUCAUGGAUAUGAUCACUAAAAGCCUGGACCUCACCAAUGUUUUAAAAGUCAUUGAGAGAGGGCGAAGGCACAGUGUGUAA